UGAUUGUCAUGUGACACUCAUGUGCUUUUGUUUAGAUGAAUGAACACAAUGCGUGGUUUUCUUUUUCUCUGUUUUCUAAUACUCAUCAAUUUCAUUACAACAUCUGCAAAAAGUGUUCAUGAGUAUUCGAGAGGCACAAAUGGAGGUUCCAACUGUGCAGUGUGUACCGUGGUGCUGGGAUUAGCAGAGCAACUGUCUGUGAUUCACAAUGAGACGGUAACUAAAGGACUGGAGAGGCUGUGUAAGUUCCUACCGGAGCCUUACCAAGGGGCGUGUAAAGAAUUCGCAGACUUCAUCGCAGCCGAUAUCAUAAGAACGUUUUCCAAAGAUGACACCGCAGACACAGCAUGUCACAAAAUGUCUUUUUGCUUUACUGAACCAAAAUCAGAAAUGUGUCACAUCUUUCCGUUGAAAUCUAAACAAAGGAACCAAUUAGAAUAUAUUCAGGCACACACACCUCGUCGUGUCGGGAUAAAGAUAUGCGAUCUACCUGGAAUAAAAAGCAUAUGUGGAUUAAUUGAUCAUGUAUUCAGUAAACACGACCCAGCCGUGGACUUAGACGGGGAUUUCUACAGCGUAUAUCAGACGUUAAGGGGGACAUCGUGGCGAGGAAAGGAUUGUGACGACGGCCGGAAAUCGGUACAUCCUGGUGCUAAACCCAUAGACCACGACAAAGGCUCUGAUUCUAAUUGUAAUGGAAUAUAUGGCAUGAACCCAGCGAGUGGCCGUAGCUAUGAGGACGAACUAUGUGGCGCUAGUCAACCACGUGGUGUGGCUGUGUUGGGGGACUCUAUCAGCGCCCACUUCCACCUCCCCAGGGAAUGGUUCAACUCCACAGAGUUGUCCCUGAAAGCAUUUGAAUCCCUUCCGUUUAUUUUGGAGAAUGAGCUCGACUGGCCAGAGUUCUCAACAGUGACAGCUUUCAUGAAUGAUACCCACAAAUUUCACGAUAUACUGCAUGGGCCCGUAGAUUCGGUGUACAAGAGAAUGUUUAACAGGAACCAUUGUAACCAUCGGGACUACCAGAACAUCGCUGUCAAUGGGGCAAGAUCAUCUUCAAUGGCCGACACCAUUCAAUUUAGUUUCAGGAGAAACAUCACACAUGACCAGCCGGUGGUCGUCUUCUAUGCUUUAGUGGGGAAUGACGUUUGUAACGGACAUCACGAUACAUUCAAUCACAUGACCACUGUAGAAGAAAUGAAAAAUAAGUCAGUCACUACGCUGAACUAUUUAGCAAAAACUCUCCCAAAAGGAAGUCACGUGUUUAUAACAGGGUUGGCAAAUGGCGCUGUCUUAUACAACUCACUAAGUGAUAGAAUUCAUCCGAUUGGUUCAUUGCGGAAUGAUGUCACAUAUUCCGACUUCUACGAUUAUUUCAAUUGUUUAGAGAUUUCACCAUGCUUGGGAUGGAUGAAUACAAAUGCAACGAUACGAGAGCUAACAACAAAGCGAGCAAUGGAGUUGAGUGAGGCGCUGAAAGAAGUCGUAACCACUCACCAGUCUUCUUUCUCUAACUUCAAACUUCACUAUGUUGUUAACCCAAUUGACCAAGUCCUGGAUGAGUGGAAGAAACAGGGAGGAGAUGACUGGCAGUUACUAGAACCCGUGGACGGAUUCCAUUCUAACCAGCUUGGACAAGCUUUGACAGCUGCUGCCAUUUGGGAAAACUUGGAGAAAAUGUUCCCAGAUGCCUUAGGACCAGUUAAUCCAAACAAUGCCAAAAUCAAGUCUAUGUUCGGAAACCAAGGCGGUUACAUUUGAUACAUUUCAAGUUUUAACCAAAGGGGUUGUGCAAUAACUUUAUACCAAUUAUGAUAUUAUAAGUUUGUAAAACCUCAUUUAAUGUACCAUGUAUUUUUACAAUUUGAUUUUUCCAUACACUUUUGUUAUGACUUUCUAUGAGAGACAAAUAAGGAUACGUAACGUGUUCCGGAAAAGAUAGACCGAUUUUUUUCUACCACUUCUAGACGUAGAGUACUUCGUGUACGAUUGGUUUGACAUUUUUUUAUCACGAAAAAGACACAAUACCAACCGGUGCUUAUGUUUUGCGACAAAAGACACGUGAUGUGAUUUUAUAAUCUUCUUCAGAGAAAAUCUUGCAAGUAUUAUAUUUUGUGAAGUAUUUAUGGAGAGAGAGAGAGAGAGAGAGAGAGAAUAUUCACUGUGUUCACAAUUAAAAAUGUAUAAUGUUGCACUUAAAUUUAUCACUUAAGUAUUUUUGUUUUUUUAAAAUAUCUUCUUUAUUGGAUAUUAACGAAGAAAAGAACAAAUACUCAUAUAAAUAAAAAUUAAACAGGCAG